UGACCGGGAUGGAAUCAGUACGGGACAGAACUCAGUUGAGAGUAGGCUGUAAUCCUUUACCGAUUAAUCUCAGUGUUUGUGUUUACACCUUGAUCCAGGUUGGGAAGGAUUCUCUUUAAUCAUGGAAAGGUUGAUCUAGGUUCUCUAGGUGGACCAGGAGACCCUGUCAGGAAUGAAUGGUACCGCUGCUCCGUGAGUUGGCCGCCAUUGUGAGGUGUGAUCCCGCAACUAGGGGACGGAUCAGUGGUCAUUAAGAUGGGUAUUAUUGAGGGGGGUUUCCAUACAGGGGGAGUAAAGGGGGUGCACAGAGUCACACCAAACUCCGAGGAGUGGAGACACUAAAGUAGACAGUCCGGCACCUAAACCUCCAUUCAGCGCGGAACCCGGAGAACGGAUACCCAACCAUUCCAAGGGAUGCGGAUAGUUCUAAAUUGAUAAACAGAGGAAGAGGACGGAAUUAUGAGAAUUCGAGGACUUUUAGUGAUUAUGUUCUCCGUCUCAGCAGUCUUUGCUCGGAGAAGGGUGAACAGAGCUUUUCUAAAAAUGUUUCAGUCCGAGGCGGCUCAAUCCGAUCCUUGCCAUGAUGAUGAGACAGACAAACCUAGACAAUGUGUUCCAGACUUUGUCAACGCAGCUUACGGAGUUUCUGUCAAGGCAAGUUCAACUUGUGGUUCUCCUCCUUCUAGACAUUGUUAUUCUUCAUCAUCUCCUCACUUCCUGGCCGGACAAACCAGGGAGGUUUGUGAGGUGUGUGACGCGGAAAACCUGAGUAAAAACCAUCCUGCAGAAUUCUUAACAGAUUUAAACAAUCCCAACAAUGUGACGUGUUGGAACAGUCAGAUUCUAACUCCGGAUACGGAUGGAAAUGUCACCCUCACCCUGUCUUUGGGUAAAAAGUAUGAACUGACCUAUAUUUCAAUGCAGUUCUGCAAUCAGAAACCUCAUUCACUCGCAAUCUACAAAUCUAUGGAUCACGGGAAAUCUUGGCAACCCUUUCAGUAUUAUUCAGGAGAUUGUAGAGAUGUUUGGGACAGGGAUCAUAGGGUUUCUAUCUCCAGAGCCAAUGAACAGGAAGCUUUAUGUCUGGACUCACAUCUCCAGGACGGAGCAGGAACAAGGGUUGCAUUCUCCACCCUUGCAGAUAGGCCCAGUGCAGAAGACUUUGAGAACAGCCCUGUUCUCCAGGAUUGGGUUACAGCUACAGACAUCAAGAUUGUAUUUCCGAGCGCACACUUCCAACCUAAGGUUGAAAGCAACUCUAUCAGCAGUAAUCAUUCCGAGGAAAGGAAUCUAAGUGAGCCUGAUUAUUCGAGGCAGUAUAUCAGUGUAUCAGAUCUCGCUAUAGGGGGUCGAUGUAAGUGUAACGGACACGCCUCUCAGUGUAAAUUUGAUAAAUACGGUGAGCUGGCCUGCGACUGUCAGCAUAACACUGAUGGCCGUGAAUGUGAGAAAUGCAAACCUUUUCAUUUUGAUCGACCCUGGGGUCGAGCAACAUCAUCUUCUCCUAACGAGUGUGUUCCCUGCUCCUGCAACCUACACGCUAGAAGGUGUAGGUUCAACAUGGAGCUCUAUAGACUCUCUGGAGGUAUAUCAGGAGGAGUCUGUUAUAAAUGCAGGCAUAAUACAGCGGGCAGACACUGUCACUACUGCAAGGAAGGAUAUUUCAGAAACGCUGACAAGCCGAUGACACACAAGAAGGCGUGUCGACCAUGUAACUGUCAUCCCGUGGGAUCAAGUGGAAAAAUAUGUAAUCAGACAAAUGGACAGUGUCCUUGCAAGGACGGAGUAACAGGUUUAGAAUGUAAUAGAUGUGAGAAGGGUUACCAACAGUCUGGUUCUCCGAUAGCUCCUUGUAUCAAGGUUCCUAGAUCAGGUUUUGCAAACUAUGGUAGAUCGGGAGGAUAUACUCCGGCCUCGGAACCUGGAUACGCACGUCCCCAGGGAGAUGCAAGCGCAGCCUGCGCACACUGUAAACAGGUCAAGCGUAAGGUAAACAUGCGAAAAUACUGUAAACAGGAUUAUGUUGUUCUUGUCACACUCAUCCGGCAGGUUAACUCCGGGAGUAAAUGGUUAAAGUUCCAAGCAACCAUUGAUUCAGUGUUCCGUAAGUCUGGAGAAGUGAGAGGACUCCAGCAGCAAGGACCUGUUGAUGUCUGGGUGAAGAAGGAGGAUGUGGAGUGUGGAUGUCCUAAACUCCGACAAAGAUCAACCUAUCUUAUCCUUGGACAGGAGGAGUCGAGCAGACGAGCUAUUGUUAUCAAGAAUAAAACUGUGGUUCUCGAGUGGAAGGAAGAAUGGAGGAGAAGGAUGAAAAGAUUUCAGAGAAGGUCGAGAAAAAUGUGUCCGGAGAAGUGAGUUUCAACAAUCUUUGUGAAAAAUUUUUCCAUUUUGUCAGGAUUAAGUAUUAUUCAGCUUAUUCUCAGUGCCAUUGAUCAGACCCGGAGCUGGGUUCAGACAAUCUCAAGUGCUGGAUUCUCUAAACUAAACAAAAACCUAGAUUUUUUUGUGAAUUUUUAUAAAAUCUCAGUGUUCAUCUUCAGUAUAUACUAUAAUAUCCUGAGUUUCUCGUCAACCUGUGAGAAUAAAUAUAUAUGUAUUGUAUCAG